GCCCCUCGCUCCGCGCCGCCGCAGCCCCGCGCAGCGCCAUGUCAAAGAAGAAAGGACUGAGUGCUGAAGAAAAGAGGACUCGUAUGAUGGAGAUAUUUUUUGAGACAAAAGAUGUGUUUCAACUAAAAGACAUAGAGAAGAUUGCUCCUAAAGAAAAAGGCAUUACCGCUAUGUCGGUGAAAGAAGUCCUCCAAAGUCUGGUUGAUGAUGGCAUGGUCGACUGUGAGAGGAUUGGAACAUCGAAUUACUAUUGGGCUUUUCCCAGUAAAGCUCUUCAUGCAAGGAAACGGAAGUUGGAGGUUCUGGAAUCUCAGCUGUCUGAGGGAAACCAGAAGCAUGCGAUCUUGCAGAAAAACAUUGAGAAAGCUAAAAUUGGCCGACAUGAGACGGAAGAACGAACUAUGCUAGCAAAAGAGCUUGCUUCACUGCGGGAGCAAAGGGAGCAGCUGAGAGCAGAAGUGGACAAAUAUAAGGAAUGUGACCCGCAAGUCGUAGAAGAAAUACGCCAAGCAAAUAAAGUAGCCAAAGAGGCCGCUAACAGAUGGACCGAUAACAUCUUUGCAAUAAAGUCUUGGGCCAAAAGAAAAUUUGGAUUGGAAGAAAAUAAAAUUGAUAAAAAUUUUGGAAUCCCCGAAGACUUUGACUACCUGGACUGAGUCGCUUGCUGCUGGGGAUCUGGGAACUUGUGACUGUCUCAGUCUCUGAUGCUUCCUGCCCAGUGUGCUGAAUUGCCGCUACCUGUCAGUGUAUCUGUCACUCUUUGUAUUCUAAAUAAAGUGUAAAGUCCAGAUGUUCUUCACCCUUUUUGGCAAAAGAAAACAAGGGGGAACCAUGUGAGUAGAGCCAUCUGUCUACUCAAUGGAAUGAGGUUGACUGAUGAUAUCUUAAAGAUCAAAGUGUUGACAUGAGAACUUUUUGGUGUUGUUUGAUUGCUUUAGUAAGUGCCAUGCCUGCAUUGGAAGGCCCUGUCAUACAUACACACUUAUAUAUAAAUUUUGGAAGUAACCCUAAAACCUUGAGGACCGUUUGGCUGGAUCCCCACAUCUGGUGGACACUGGGUAUGUGUGACACUGUCUACCACGUCAUCUCUGCACGUUACUCACAGAGGAAGUCACUUCAACGUAGAAGAGGUUUCAGUGGCAUCAAGUGGGAAUAAGCGAACGGCCUUCUGUCCUGAUUUUUGUACUUUUUAUAUGGUAUGCUUGGCUGUAUAUGUGCAGCACACAUCAUCAACUCCGUAGACUUACUGAAUAUUUUAAGUAUAUGUGCUGCCAAAGCGAGCACAUACUUACUGAAUAUUUUUUAACUCAAAGAAGAAUGGAUCGCAAAAUAACAUUUCCCACGUUUGUGUAUGUCAUUUCCAUUUGAUAGAGUAUUUGCAAACACUCCAAAACAAAGGGGUUAAAAUACCAUGAGCAUAACGCCCUUUACACACAUGUCUUUAUGUUUUAUUUUUCACUAUGUCCAAUUUUGAUACUCUGAAGGAACUAGAAUGAAACACUCCAUGUACCUGAAAUGACCCAGAUGGCAUGCACACCAUUUGCUGGUGAAUCGCGUUUAUGCUGCUGGCAGUUGCUCUGGCCUCAGUCACUUCCUGGAGGUGGGCAGGAGCAAAUGGCCCAUCUUUCUUUGUACUGGAGGCUGAUUCAUGUGGCUUCAAGGAACCAGCUCUCCUCGUAGCAGAGAA